AUGGAAACUAGAGUUCCAGGAUUUACCAGUGUCCUCGGGAUCCUUCUUCUGUUCGCCUGCUUCUCGUCGCGAACCGAAGCGGCAUUCGAUCCCGAAAGUUUCCAGCAAAAACUAGUUGCCCUGCAAAAGGUUCUCGACUACAUGAACGACAGACCAGGGCAGAUGAAUCUGGACGCUGCUUUUGGUGUUACCUUAACCGAAGCUAAUUUGGUGGCGGCGCUCCUGCACGAAAACGUGCAACAUCUGGAAGAUAAAUUUUUCGUCGCUCUCAAGGAAAUGGUCGCACUGUCCGAUUUGACUCGAAGAAAUUUGAUGACGACUAUUGCGAAGAACGAAACUAGAUCUUUAAUGCUAACGACUUUAAACAAUCCCAAUCUGUGGAUAAAGCCUGUAUCGUGGACGAGGGUCCUUUCGAGAUCGAGAUCCAGUUCCAGUCAGUUAUUAAGCUAUUGGGAAGUCGUUCGAUCGAUGUGGCAUGGAAUGCCUAAUGAAACGGAAAGCGAUCAAUGUUUAGUCAAAAUUAUGCGUAGCAGUUUAAAAGAGGAAUGCGAGAUUCCUGCCACUUGCGUCGCAACAUUGACGAAGGAAGAUGAUACUACCGGAUAUCCUCUUACGCAUAGACUGCUCAUCGUUCAAGUCGCUAAAGCAAUGGGAUGCGGGGAAGUCAAAACGGCAUCGCUCUUCUCUUUGGUACCCGCGUAUUGUGCCAGAAUCCUUCAGGAUCUCGUCAAUCUCGAAGCGUGGAACUUCCCAAAAAUUGCGCAGGAUCUCAUGAUGGAACAAAUCGUUUUAUGUGGCAUGGAAGGUUACUACGAAUUCGUCGAUAAACACUUUGAAGAUGUAAUAUUAAGCUGGCCUCACUCGAGCGGUUGCUUUGGCGUAUCCGGAUAUUCUAACGAACACAAAAUCACUCGGCGAUCGUCAUCGAAAACUGACUUUGGAUGCGACAAUCAUACGACAAGUGUUGCCGCUGCGAGUCUCGCCGUAUUUAUUCGGGAAAAUAUAGAAAAUGCUCUCAGUCAGCCUUAAAUUUUUCUAGUUUGUAAACCGUUUCUUUUUUAUAUAACACUUAUAUUUCUUUUUGUUAAAUUGCAGAUCCGAUUUUCUUUGUUAAAAUUUUUCUCGUUAUAAUUUUACAAUUUUUUACAACAAGAACAUCUUUUGAUUUAGCUAGAUGAUUGACUUAUAUAUUGAUACGCAA